AUUAGAUGGAUAACUGUUCAAUGUUUAUAUCAAACUGAAAUAAAUAGAAAAUUGACUUGUUGUGAUUGUUUGUUAUUGUCACAUAGCUCGUACCACACAUUAUCGUAAACUGUAAAGCCUGGAAUAUUGCAUAGAGAAAUUUAUCACUUUUGUCGUUUUUUCUGUUUCUAGUUUUUAGUCGGUAUUACAGGGCGAAAUUGCAAAACGAAAAAAAAUUUUUUAUUAAAUGAAUGCACCCUAUGUCAGAAAGACUUUUUCAUUUACGGUGUUUUCUGAUUCCCGAGGAUUGAGACAUGGCGCCACAGGCCGCAAGCCAUUCUUAGAGUCAACGAUCUAAAAAUAUAUAGAUAUAAGACAAAAAAUAUUUACAUCUAUAUAAGACUGUAAAAAUUACAUAAAAUCAUGAUAGUUGGGUUGGGAUAACAAACAUCUCAUUAUACCUAUAUAUAAACUGUAAAUAAGUGAUGCCGUACAGUAACGAUAAUAUGGAACGUUUGGAGGGAUGUGAUAUGAAUGAAGCUGGUGGUUUAAUUAUACGUAAGAAAGUUUCAGAUCAUACGUUUAAAAUGCCUUCAAUAUUGGGUUUAGACAAAUUGGCAGAAAAAAAACGUUCAAGAAAUCACGAAAAUUCUCCCAAAGCGUCGACCUCAAAAAAUGAUGGUAAAAACAGAAAAUACCGUGCACCUGCUCAAGAAACUCCAACACACACUGGUGGAGUAAAUCACGAGGCACAAAGGCGACUUGAAGAUCGAUUGAGACGACAACGCCUUGAUGCUAGAAAAUCAGAAUCCAACACACACAUCAGGCAACGUGAUCGUGAUUCUAAUUUUUAUAAGCAUCGGAGAGAUUAUAAAUGUAAUGCAGAUCAGCGUAGAUGUGAGCGUAGUAGAAGUCGAAUUACACCUAGAUUUAAAGAUGAACCACAAACUCCACAAUUCAAAGCAAGGAAUCCAACAUCAAAAAGUAAUUGGGACGAUGAAGAUGAAGACUUGGACAAAGAAUCUCGUCAUAGAUCCUCAUGGGAUUGUCCAACGCCGAAACUCAACGGGAGUAGUAAGUCAUACAAAGAUUCAACACGAUCUGAGUUCACUCCUUCAUUUAAGCAUAAUCCAUGGAAUUCUAAUCGGAAAAUAUCAAGUUCAACACCACUACUCCCAGACGUUGAUAAGUAUCAAUGGGAGCAAGAACAACAGCGGCUUGAUAGAGAAUGGUAUGCUCUUGAUGAUUGUCACCCGUCACAUUUUCCAGAUGUUUCUGAAGAAUAUACUCAAAAAAAAGAACAAGAGCUUGAAGCCAAACGACAAAAACGUGUCUCUGCACAACAGCGACAAAUAAAUAAAGAUAAUGAGCUCUGGGAAAGAAACAGAAUGUUGACUUCUGGAGUUGUGAGCUCUCUCGAACAUGACAAUGAUCCCGAUGAUGAGGCAGAAGCCAGAGUUCAUCUCUUGGUUCAUAACGUAGUUCCACCAUUUUUAGAUGGCCGAAUAGUUUUUACAAAACAACCAGAACCAGUGAUUCCAGUUAAAGAUCCAACAUCAGAAAUGGCAUUAGUAGCGCGAAAAGGUUCAGCUCUUGUUCGUGCUCAUCGAGAACAAAAAGAGCGUCGUAAAGCCCAAAAAAAACAUUGGGAACUUGACGGCACUAAUAUUGGUAAUAUAAUGGGUGUCAAAAAUCGAAAAAAUGAAGAUAAAGAAGCCCCAAAUACAGAAACUGAUUUUAAAGCCGGUCAAAAAUAUGCUAGUCAUAUUAAUACUGUUAUGACAAAUACUGCCGAUUACAAUCUCAAAAAAAGACAAAUACAAAAUCAACGUAGAUCUCUUCCGGCUUUUGCUGUACGCCAGGAGUUAUUAAAUAUUAUAAGAGAAAAUAAUGUCGUUAUAAUUGUAGGUGAAACUGGUAGCGGAAAAACAACCCAAUUAACACAAUAUUUGCACGAAGAUGGAUAUUCAAAGAAUGGAAUGAUUGGUUGCACCCAACCAAGAAGAGUUGCUGCUAUGUCCGUAGCAAAAAGAGUCUCUGAUGAAAUGACGUCAAGUCUUGGUGAUGAAGUGGGCUAUGCCAUUCGUUUUGAGGACUGUACAUCUAAAAAUACUGUUAUCAAGUACAUGACCGAUGGUAUUUUACUUAGAGAGUCACUUAGAGAAGGUGAUCUUGAUCGAUAUAGUGUCAUAAUCAUGGAUGAAGCUCAUGAAAGAUCUCUUUCAACUGAUGUUCUGUUUGGUCUUUUGAGGGAAGUUGUAGCUCGACGUCAGGAUCUAAAACUGAUUGUAACCUCAGCCACAAUGGAUUCAAGCAAGUUUGCAGCUUUUUUUGGUGAUGCUGCUAUGUAUACAAUUCCUGGAAGAACAUUUCCAGUUGAUAUUAAUCACUCUAAAAAUCCCGUUGAAGAUUAUGUUGAUGCUGCUGUAAAACAAGUACUUCAAAUUCAUCUUCAACCACGGUCCGGUGAUAUUUUAGUAUUUAUGCCUGGCCAAGAAGACAUUGAAGUGACAUGCGAAUCUCUUGAAGAACGUUUAAGUGAGAUUGAUACCGCGCCCGAGCUUUCAAUACUGCCAAUAUAUUCACAGUUACCCUCUGAUCUUCAAGCAAAAAUUUUUCAAAAAUCAGAGCAAGGUAUUAGAAAAUGUGUGGUUGCUACUAAUAUUGCUGAAACUUCACUUACUGUUGAUGGAAUUGUAUUUGUUAUUGAUUCUGGUUACUGUAAACUCAAAGUUUACAAUCCUCGAAUUGGUAUGGAUGCUCUUCAGGUAUAUCCAGUAUCUCGAGCAAAUGCCGAUCAAAGAAGCGGUCGAGCUGGUCGUACGGGUCCAGGAUACUGUUAUAGGCUUUAUACAAGACGACAGUAUCUUGAUGAAUUACUUUUAACAGGUGUACCUGAAAUACAAAGAACAAAUUUGGCAAAUACUGUUUUACUACUUAAAUCUCUCGGUGUACAAGAUUUAUUGGCAUUUCAUUUUAUGGAUCCACCUCCGCAAGACAAUAUUCUUAAUUCCCUUUAUCAGUUGUGGAUUCUCGGUGCACUAGAUCAUACUGGAAGAUUAACUUCUUUAGGCAGACAAAUGGCUGAAUUUCCGCUGGAUCCACCUCAAUGUCAAAUGAUAAUUGUCGCUUCAACAUUGGGUUGUACAGCUGAAAUUCUUAUAAUAGUUUCAAUGCUUUCUGUACCAUCAAUAUUUUACAGACCCAAAGGUCGUGAAGAAGACUCAGAUUCAGCCAGAGAAAAAUUCCAAGUUCCUGAAUCUGAUCAUCUUACAUUUCUUCAUGUUUACCAACAAUGGAAAUCAAAUGGUUAUUCAUCUUCUUGGUGUAAUGAGCACUUUGUCCAUGCUAAAGCUAUGAGAAAAGUAAGAGAAGUAAGGCAGCAACUGGAGGAUAUAUUGAAACAGCAAAAAAUGAAUGUUGUAUCUUGUGGUACUGAAUGGGAUAUUGUAAGAAAAUGUAUCUGUGCUGCAUAUUUUCAUCAAGCAGCAAGGUUAAAAGGCAUUGGAGGAUACGUUAAUUGUCGAACUGGAAUGCCUUGUCAUUUGCAUCCAACAUCAGCAUUAUUUGGAAUGGGUUUUACACCAGAUUAUGUUGUGUAUCAUGAACUUAUAAUGACUGCAAAAGAGUAUAUGCAAUGUGUUACUGCAGUUGAUGGUCAUUGGCUUGCUGAACUUGGUCAAAUAUUUUUUAGUGUUAAAGAAACAGGUGGCAGCGGUAAAGCAAAUAGAAAACAGGCAAUGCUGCAUAUGCAUGAAAUGGAAGGACAAAUGAAAGAAGCCGAAGCAGAAAUGCGUACCAGAGCAAAAGAAGAAAGUGAAAAACAACAGGCAUCAAUAAGAAAGAAAGAAAUUUUAACUCCAGGCAUAAGGGAACCUGGAACUCCGGCUCUUUAUAGAAGAACUCCUGCCAGAUUAGGUUUAUAAAAUAAAUUUUCUUGAUUCAUUCAUUUGGAUUUAAUAAUUUUUUAGGUAUUUAAACCUCUGUAUAAAUUGUGUAUUAAAAAAAAUUACAAAUUUAAACUACUUUGCUUUAUUUAACAAUAAUUUUAAAACAAGUUUCAUCAAAUAAAAUGAAAUUUCGUCGAAUAUUUCUAUUUACUUAAAAAAAUAUGUAAAUAAAGACGAUAUAAAAAAA